CUUCCAAUGGGCCUGCUGGGUGGCAUCAACGGGGCGUUUUUUAUCGGCGCCUGCGUCAUAACGGUGGGUCUGCUUCUUGAGAUCAUCGGCGUGUCCACGGAGGAGUGGUCAGUGGCGUCCAUCCUGCACGCCACCCUCGGGCUGAGGAAGGUCUGCCUGGACGGGGAGUGCACCAGCUACAGGUCCAGACGUGCCGUGCUUGAAGUGACAGAAGCGUUCGCCAUCUUGGCCAUUCUGGGCACCAUUGCUACUCUGGCCAUAGCUGUGGCCUAUGUGACGAGUUUCAUCAUGGGCACGGAGAAGAAAUUUUCAUUGCUCGUUCUGGUGGGAGUGGUGGCCUUCUUCUCGCUCGUGUGUGCGGUCAUCAGUGUGUCCGUGUAUGGCAGCACAUUCCACCCCAAGAACAUGGACCUCGGCUACUCCUUCAUCCUCACCAUCGUCGGGGGGUGUUUGACGGCCCUGGGUGGGGUUCUCUCCUCCUUGUCCGCCUAAAGACACGUCCACUCUGCUUCACCUAUCACAAGGACCAGCAGGGGAUCAACGAUAAAGCCUUGUUUUACCACAGGAACGUUCAGUUUCUAUAUGUUAUUCAC